AUGACGCUAGGAUAUAGAAUGGUUGUGGUACAUUCUCCAAUUAUGUCUCUUUUCAUUAAUCUUUUUAUCAAUCUUGGAGUAUUUCGGGUUUUACUUGUCCUUUCAGAGAUCCAUUUAAAGAGCGGAAAAGAAGUUGCGGAAGUAUUGGACGAUGAAGUUUUAGUAGAAUCCAAUGAUGACAACAAUAUGGAGACUAUUGACAACAAUAUAGACAAUCUCGUACCAUUAGACAUUGAAAUCUUAGGAGGAGAUGGCGUGAUUGUGCCUAAAGUUGGUAUGGAGUUCAAAGAUGAGAAAGAGGUGUAUGAGAUUUUUAAGAGGUAUGCGUAUGACGUAGGUUUUUCGGUUCAUUGGAGGAAUUCUAGAAAGGGAGAAGAUGGAGUAGUGAAUUACGUUACGUUGACAUGUUGUCGUGAGGACUGGAGAAACAGUAAUGCAGGUGCUUCUUUGAAGCCACAGCCAACAAUUCAGACAGUUGAUCUCGAACACAAUCAUAAAACUAGUCCUUCAAAAUCUAGAUUAUAUCGUUGCAAUCGAGAAUUGAGUGUAAAUGUCAAACGCAAGCUCGAAGUGAAUGAUAUAGCUGGAAUACCUCUGCACAAGAGUUACAACUCAACAAUUGUUGAAGCGGGCGGGUAUGAGAACAUGACUUGCGUGGAAAAGGAUUUUCAAAAUUACGUUGAACGAGUGAGGCGAUUGAGACUCGAUUUAGAUAAAGAGUCACGGCUUAGGAAUCUCUUCUGGGUAGAUAAGAGGUGUAGGCAAGCGUAUAAAGAGUUUGGGGAUGUAGUAACGUUUGAUACCACUUAUCUGAAAAAUAAAUACGACAUGCCUUUUGCCCCGUUUGUUGAAGUAAAUCAUCAUGGACAAUCAAUACUCCUUGGAUGUGGUUUGCUGGCAAAUGAAGAUACAGAUACAUUUGUUUGGCUGUUCAGGAAGUGGAUGCAGUGUAUACAUGGUCAAGCGCCAAAUGAAAUUAUUAUCGAUCAAGAUAAGGCUAUACAAAAUGCAAUUGCAAUAGUCUUUUCAAACACGAGACAUAGAUGGUGUUUGUGGCAUAUGUUGAAAAAGUUUCCAGAGAAGUUCGGGUCAUUGAGGAAUUCGAAGAAGGGUGGAAAGCUAUGCUUGAUAUUUAUGACUUUCAUGAGAAUGACUGGUUGUCGAGGUUGUUUGAGAACAGGUGCCAUGUUAUUUGAAAACAACCUUCUGGGACGGGAUGUUGACAACUCAGCACAGUGA